AUGGAACAGCCUGCUAUUACACUUCUCAACAAUGUUGAUCUUAAUGUUGAUGAUUACACUAUCAGAGUCCGCGUUGUCCGAUUAUGGACAAGACCUGCCUUCAACAAUCCUCGAAAGAUUUACUGCUACGACAUGAUUUUCAUGGACCAAGAGGGCACCAAAAUGCAGGCAUUUGUACUACAAAGAAACGCUACCGUUUAUGAGCACCUUUUGAAAGAAAAUCAGUGUUUAACUAUACGUAACCCAUCCAUGGGUGAGAAUCGCCAGAAAGUUAAAUAUGUUCAUAGUACGUUGAAGAUCAAUCUAAAUGAGAACACUGUUGUUGAGGCUUACACCGAGCUUGUUGGUUCUGAGUGGGGAUUUGAUUUUACUCCAUUUGAUUCUAUUCUGGAGGACCCAGAUGACGACGGCAAGUCUUUCAAAAGUCCAAUUGAUGUAAUUGGGUUUGUGGUGAAGAGCAUUCCGGCUGAGGGUAAGAGUGGUAAUAACAAUGGCAAAGAGGAAAACAAAGUUACCUUUAUUCUUGAAGACUUGCAGCACCAUCAGAUUUUUGUUACACUAUGGGAUGGUUAUGCUGAUCAAAUUCGAGCAUUUGAGAGGAACCAUCCAGCGGAAAAGAAUGUUGUGGUCGUUAUUCAGUUUGGGAAGUACAGGUUUUGGGGAGGACAUGUGAAUGUCUCCAAUUUGUAUACUGUAACUCGAGUGUUCAUCAACAGUGACAUUCCCGAGAUUUUCGAUUUUAAGAAAAGUUUUGUUGCUCAGAUUUCUGCUUCAACGUCUUCCGGUUAUUCUGGGUUGACUUCUUCUGUUAUAAAGUCACCUGUUGACGAAUAUCUUAAAGAUUUCACCUUCAGUAUAAUUGGAGCUUUAAGCGGAAUCGCAGAGAAAAAGGUUGUUAUUAUCCUUGGUACAAUCACGAGCUUCGCAUCAGAAAGCACAUGGUUUUACAAUGCCUGUAAAUCUUGCACCAAAAAGGUUUUUACAACAACUAUUUGCAAGGAGAAGCAAGAUGGAAGCGAAGGUUUUGACGAAGUAACAAUGUUGGAAUGCCAGACUGAUCGUUGUAAUCAAAAGACCGUCACCUCUGUUCCCAGGAUCAAAGUUCCGAUACGUGUUCAGGAUUGUACCGGGAUUGUCACCUUGACGUUGUUUGAACGUGAAGUUGUCAAACUGCUCAGUGUUUCUGCAAAUCAGCUUUUAGAAAACAACAUAAAGCGAAGGAAACUUUCCUAA